AACGUUUAUUCUUCAAAUUCGCUUACAUUGACUGUGAAUAUACGUUUCGUGGGUUUGAAAGUUAUUGACUGUUAUCGCGAAUAUAGAAAGAUUGCUUCCUUGAAUAUAAUGGGAUCUUUCCGUACGAGUAUCCUCUUGAUUUUUUUUGCUAUUCCGUUUGCCCAGCGCAAUCACACCAUUCACUGUCAGCUACGCACAAUUUAAGGCGAUCCACUCCUUUGCUGCAAACAACGCUGUCCGAACAGAGUGUCAAACUAGCUAUAUAUCUUCUUUUUGACAUCAUUAUUUGUGCAAGAAUGGACAACAGGCCUGCACCGCUUAUGAUAAGCGAUGAUGAGGUCAGCUUCUCGGGCAACGCGAAAGUGUCGAAGACAGCAAAUUGCGCCACCAAAUCCUAUGGCGGCUACAUUGAUUACGCCAAAAUAUCAUUCGAUCAGGUGAGUCAGAGUAUUCGCUCCCCAGUAGCCAUGCGUCGUGGCCCUCGAGGAGGAGUCACGGUACCUUUUCCAGCAAAACUUGCAAGUUUGCUUGAGGAAGUAUCUCUGGAGGGAAUGGAAGACAUAGUAUCUUGGGGUGCACAUGGCCGAUGCUUUUCAAUUCACAAACCAUCUCAAUUUGUCUCGGAGCUCCUACCGCGAUUCUUUCGCCAGAGCAAGUUAACUUCGUUCCAACGACAGCUCAACUUAUAUGGGUUUGGGCGUCUCACUAGGGGCCGUGACAGAGGAAGUUAUUACCACGAACUGUUUCUCAGGGGCCGGGCUGAUCUUUGCAAAAUUAUGUUGCAGACUCGUGUUAUUAGGGACGCCGCCCAGCGCUGUCUUGAGCCUAUCGCAGCAGUGGCGCCGAAUUUCUACGCUAUGCCAACUACUGAAGGUGGAGACAAAGACCAAUUAUUCUCGAUCCAAAAUACGUGGAAGGGGUUGUAUUCGAGACAAAAGACAGCAGCAACUUUGAUAAAUGAGGACCUUCCGGAAGAAUUUGAUCUUGUUAAACCGCUCCCCUUUGCUGAGUUACCACCAGCUCCUUCCACAUCAGCUGCAUCAUCUCCAGACGUUUGUGUGGUGAAGGCCAGAAAUUCAACCGCUCAAUCCUUGGCCUCAGAAUCGGAAUCAAGUGUAAGAGCAGCGAGAAAGUGCUCCCAGCCACGAGGACACCCUCUCGCAUGUCCUCCAAAGUUAAAGCUUUGUGUUGGCAAUAUAAUAUCGCCAAUCAUCGACGGGCCGGUCGUAGCCCCACCAAAUGAUUUGUGCGUCCUUGUAGAUGAACCUUCCAGCGUUCCCUUCUUUUUCGAAGAUAUGCCCUUCACUCCAGUUGCUCACAAUGUUGUGACUUUCUGUCGGACGGAUUCCCGGGGGACCGCAUCAUGUUCAAAUGGAAGGACAGCCGAAGAGUUAUCGAUCGAUGUCAACGUGGACGAGUUUGGAUCAUCUCUCUUCGAAGAAUGCUUUGCAUCCUAUAGUAUUCACUUGUUUCUCUACACAUUUUUGACAGGUUUGCGCAACGCAACUAAAUUUAGUCUACAUAUUGUUUCUUUAACGUUGCCAAGAUACUUUAUGGACCGCUUGCUUUGGCCCAAACGAUUGGCUAGUGAGCCCGUUGCAUUCAAUGCCGGUUUAAACCAGCAAGAAAGAAAGGCCAAUUAUAAAAGAUUUGCCCUCAAGGCUCUGGUAAAAUUCAACUCGACCGUAUCUGGUAAGAUCUGAUAACUUUGCUUGAGCCCAUCGUAU